UUCCAAACCAUGGCGGUUAAUCCAAAUGAAGAUACAGAAUUCAAUGACGCUCUGCGAAAGCAUGGAAUCAUACCUCCAAAAGAGGUACCUCCCCCAUCACCAUCGCCCCCUCCAUCCCCAACGUUGGAUGAUCUCUUAGAGGAGCUCACACCUUCUGAGAUGGCAGAGCUUGCUGAAGAUGCCAAGGAUGAAGAAACUGAGCGCGCUAUUGAUGCUUUUCGUCGACAACGGCUAGUGGAUGAGAGGACUGCUGCAAAGCGCGCUCGGUUUGGGCGAGUAUAUCCAAUCGGCAGGGAAGACUACACUCGUGAAGUCACCGAUGCUAGCUCAAUCAAUGAAGAGGACGACGAGAAAGGCCUCGGUACUGGUGUUGUCUGCUUCCUCUACAAAGACGGAAUAGUCCGCAGCGACCGCGCAUUUCAGCAUGUCAGAACUUUGGCUGCACGACAUCCAAGAACUAAAUUUGUGUCCAUCGUUGGCGACAAGUGCAUCCCAAACCUUCCCGACUCUCGUAUUCCUAUGUUCAUCGUUUAUAAGAAGGGCGAAAUCUUGAACCAGGUGGUAGCUUGGGGGGCAGAUCGCGAUCGGACAUUGGAAGAGUUGGAAUUGUUGCUUAUCGUGGGAGGAGCAAUUAUACUUCCCGAACGAUUGCCAGCCAAGAAGAGAGAAAGCGACGAUGAGUUUUCUGAUGACGAGGAGGACGAGCCACCUCGAAGAUCAGCAGCAACGUCGACCAACGGCAGACCACCCAAGAACAUUCGAAAAUCUGCAUCAGACUCGGACUUUGAAUUCGACCUGUGA